AUGUCCACCGUCGGCGGUAAACCAUUUUCCCGCAUCGCAAUCAUAGGCGUCGGAGAAGUCGGCGGCGCAGCCGCCUUUGCGCUCAUCAUCUCCUCCAUAGCCCGCGAGCUGCUCCUCGUCGACAUCAACACCACCCUGCGAGACGGCCAGGUCCGCGACCUCUCCGACGUGGCCUACAGCUCCAACAGCGUGACGCGCGUGCGGGCAGCCACGCACCACGAGGCAGGCCAGUGCGACAUUGUCGUCAUCACCGCCGGAUCAAAGUCUGUGCUGGGCCAGCCGAACCUCGAGCGCGUAUACCGCAAUGUGUCCAUCAUCCGAAACGUAGUCGACGCCAUGAAGCCCAUCCGGCAGGACGCCAUUGUCGUCGUCGUCUCCAACCCAGUCGACCUGGCGACGACUCUUGUCCUCGAGCUCUCCAAGCUGCCGCGGGAGCAGGUCCUCGGCGCCGGCACCUUUCUCGACUCCGUGCGCAUCCGGGGCAUGAUUGCCGACGAGAUUGGGGUCGCGGCGAAUUCGCUCGACGUCUAUGUGCUGGGGGUGCAUGGGGACCCCCAGGUCGUGGCGUGGUCGACGGCGACAAUCGGCGGCGUGCCCAUGGACAAGUCGCUGCAGCAUGGGAACCAGGUUGACCAUGAGAGGGUGGCGCAGGAGUGCAAAGACCGGUCGCGGAGCAUAAUCCGGGCCAAGGGCGCGAAUCCGUUUGGCAUCAGCUCCAUUGUCUGUAGUAUCUGCGCGUCGAUACUGCUGGACAAGCGUAAUGUUCGUCCGGUCAGCUGCUUCCGGCCGGGGUAUGGCUGCUGCUUCAGCUGGCCUGUUGUUUUGGGGAGAAAGGGCAUCAUUAGGGCUAUUGAUGUGCCGCUGAAUAAUAAGGAGAGGGCGGAUAUAGAUGAGACGGCCAAGACGCUCAAGGCCACGGUGACUCAUGUUCUUGCUGAUGGAUAG